AUGCAGCUGGAUUCCGGAACACAACACUUAGCCAGGUGGCUCCUGUUGGUAGCUUGGCUUGGACAAGGCCCUUCUGAACGUGUGUACCGCCCUGUCGACCUGCUGGAUGCAGACAUCGGCGACGGUAGAAGUGGAGAGUCCUGCAUUGUGGCACGGACGCUCAAUCAAAACCGGGAGGCUGUCCUGCACCUGGGUAUUCCGCUUGACAUUCUUGCCACUCGUGAUGAGCUGACUCGUGAUGAGCUGACGGUGAGUUGGCAGGCUGGCUCCCGAAUAGUGGAAGGCAGAUCGGAUGGGAUUAUUGUUUGGAGAUUUGAUCCCGCGUAUGGUUGGCGUGACGAGCUUGUCCAGAUUUUGUGGGUUGGUCUUGCAGGAAACGGCGAGCAAGCUGCAGUGAUGGGAGACAAGAACACACUACAGCUAUGGAACAUAAGCAGUGAUGCCCGUAAGUGGAGGGCGUGUCAGAACCUUUCCGUUUGGGAAACAGAUGAGUUGUUUUACUUUUGUGUUCCAGCGUGGUCUCCGACAGGAUGGCAGUUUGCAUAUUGCGCCGAUUCCGAUUCCGAAAUGCAGCUGUGGAGUCGAAACAGCUCGGGCUGUUGGAGGUCUUACCAAGCUCUGGAAGCGCAGACGCUCAGCUGGUCCACCGAUGAACAGCAGCUUGCAACGAGCGCAGGCAAGGUUGUGGCACUCUGGGACCUGGGCAAGGAUGGCCAGUUCGAAAAGAAGCAGGCAUGGCCCGUGGCCAGCGAUUGUGAAUGUGUCUCCAAUUUGAAGCACACAAAUCCUCGGAGUUUCCAGUGGCAUCCUCUGAGCCAGAGUUUGGCCGUCUCUGCGGAUGAUGGUAUCCACAUCUGGCAAGUCUUUGCACCUGGCGGCCCCGGGGGCUCUGGCGCCUGGCAUCUUAUGCACGUUCUGAGCACCCGGGACUUUGCUUCUCCCGCGUCCUCCAUGACCUGGUCUCAUGACGGCCAGCAUCUCGUCUCUGGAGCCGACACGGCGCCACUGCAUGUUUGGAGUAUCUUCGGGCCAGGGGGCUGGCAGAAGAGCCGCAGCUUCGAGCGCACCACGAAUGCCGGGCCAGCGUUUCCAAGGUCUCGGUGGACCCUGUCGGCAAAUGGGUUUGCGUUUUUAGCUACGAGACUUUUGCUCAGAGAAGGAGUCUUGGAGCACUGGAGCCCGUCCGAGGAAGUUGCAGAAAGUCCGAAGUUGAAUGGGGAGAGGAUACGCAAUUACGGGGUUUCUUCAACUGGGCUUCAACUACUCAUACUGACAAAGAAGUGUACCGAGCAUUGGGUUGCUAGCAGUGGCAGGGGCAGCGGUGAACGCUGGCAGCUGAAUGCGAAACGUGCGGUCGGGAGCCACUGCCAGGCUUCCAAGCCCUCCAUUCGUUGGUCUCCUGAUGACAGGCGUGUAGCCGUGGCGUGUGGAUAUUCGAUUCGCAUAUACGAGCCAACGGACAAUGGGUCGCUGAAGCACACGUUUAAUCUAUCAGCAGCCGCAGUACGAGACAACAAGACCAAAAAAGAAAUUAAUUACAUUGAAGCUUUGGCUUGGUCCCCCAACUCAGAUAGCAUUGUAUUUGGCCGGGCUGGGACUAUCCACACUUGGCGGCCGGGAGAUAGACAUGCAGUGCGGCACGAAGGCAACAACAAUCACACAACGCCUAUUAGGAGCCUGCAAUGGUCUCCUAAUGGCCAGCUCAUUGCGAGUGCAAGUCUGGAACAGAUCGUCGUGUGGAAGCAGAAUGUAGCACAUGAGAAGUUUCAGCAGCUGGUUCGAUUUGCGACCAAUGCCAGGCUUUGCCCAAAGUCAGCAUGGCAGUGGGACCUGGGCCCCAGGCUGGCCUGGUCCAUUGACAGCGGCUACCUGGCGACUGCAGAAUGCGACAGCCAGCUACGCUUCCGCGAUGAGAGCCUUUCCUUCCAAGUUGGGUACACAUUGCCUGUGCAGGGCCAGGUUCAAGAUAUGGUUUGGUCUGAUGGCUCGCUGCAUGUGCUCUCAAGCUCCCAGGAUGCCGACUUUGACCUGCUUCAAACUUGGUCUCUUCCUGUAGGCGGUAGGGGCUUCCUUCUCGCGGCUUUAGGGUACCACUUUCCCACAGCCGAUCCUUCGGACUGGAUGGCCAGCUUUUGCUCUUCAACGCAUGUCCGUUGCUCCUGCAAAGAGGGGCGAUGCGACGUGUCCCUAGUACUCAGCGCAGCUCAGAUCGAAUGGAGCGCGCUGCAGUGCGGUGCCGGGAGUCGGCGCAUCGGUGCGGAGGUUGUUUUCAUUAGGGAGCUUGUUGUCCGUGACUGGUCUAUUGCUUCGGCUGUACCUGGGCUGCCCGACUCUGCGGCCAGCCUUUGUGAGCGCCUUUCUUCCUUCAAACAUCUUCGUUCUCUCGUCCUACAAGGGCUUACGGCCCGUGGAUUUUGGAUGUGUCCACUCUCAGCUCCGAUGCUGCGGCAGCUCACGAUUGCAGAUGCCAAACGUAUGCAAAUCCCGGCAGUGGGCCUCAUUGAUCUCUUCAACUCGGCUCCCAACCUCGAGGUCCUGAACUUCACCGAGACAGCCGUGCCGUACUUGGACGGGAGGCUUCCUCGCACGCUGCGGAAGGCGGUUCUUCGAAAGUCCGGUGUGCAGGACGUCAUGUUCCGUAACUAUUCAAAGGAGCUCGCAAUGCAUGCAGCCACGACAGGCCUCCUGACGGCAGCAAGUCAGAGCUUUGGGUUUGCCGAAGUCUGCACAGCGUGCCCGCAGGGCCGUUUCAACGCAGAGUUCUCCGUGAGCCACCUCUUCGAGUGCACGCCGUGCCAAGCGAAUGAGAUCACCCUGGAAACCGCGAGUCUGUCCUCUGCAAACGACUGCAUUUGUGAUGCAGGCUUCUUGAUGAUGCCGGGCGAGGGUUGCCGUGCCUGCAUCGAAAUAGAACAGGGGGAGAACUUCAACUGCUCUGCGCCAGGCCUCAAGUUCGAGACUGCGCCGGUCAAGGACAGCAAGACUGUGACAAAGCAUGCUGUUUCGAGAGUAAAGUGCAUGAUGCGUAUCAAGCAAGAUUCAGAUAGUGCUUGUCUGAUUGCAACGUACAUCGCAUGGUUGGGCUUCAUGGUUGAGAUUGGUUUCUUGGAAGGCAUUCAAUGUGCCACCAGCCAGCUGAAGAGGGCGACCGUCAGCUUUGCCUCUCGCUCCGGUGCAACUGCAGUUGCUUUAUUCUUGCUGGCAGCGACUUCGGCCGCUGCGCUCUCACUUUGCUGCAGGCAGCAUGCAAGCUACUGGCCCACUCUUGCUCGGCAGAACCUGGUGAAACCGCCCUCCUUGUGGAAUGCUUUGCAGCCCUACGUUCUCCGCGAGGUGCUGGCAGGAAUCCAGGUCUAUCAGCUCUUCGGAGUUUUCAGCAAGAUCCUCCCAGACCCGGAUGCACGGAGUGAAGCCUCGGUUCUGGAGACGCUGCAGCUGAAUCUAGGUCCCUUGCUGCUCGAUUCUUUCCAUUUGGACUGCAUCUUCAGCUACACAAGCAGCCGCAUGACACAGCUGAUCGGCGGCGCCCUGCUUCCUUUGGCCAUUUUACUGAUGCUCUAUGCGUUGCUGGCUAUGCUCCCUUUCGAGGGCCCGAGACGCAGGAAGCUUUGGGCACAGACUGAGGUUCAGGUAAUCAACCUGCUCAUGGUUGCCACAGCAAGUUCUGUCCUUGCCGUCGGUGAAUGCGACUCAGAGAUCAGCCCGCCUAUCAUGACCUUCGUCCCUGGGGUCUACUGCAACGUUGGCACCUACUACCUGGCAGUCCUGUUCGCCGUGUGUCUCGGUGGGUUUUACAUCACGUACGUUUGCAUGCUCCUUCUUGGAAGCAUUUCUCGAUUCAAUGAGAUUGCCAAACCGGUAUACAAAGCUGGAUAUGCCGAGUAUGCAAUCACAGAGGCGAAAACUGCCUUGCAGAUCAAGCUGCCAGAAGAUCUGCAAGUAUCCGGGUAUCUGCAAUCAGCCAUUCUGGAUGCUCAUCAAGUUUUUUGCCAACAAGCAAUUCGAAAGGCCCAUCCGCACUUGGAUGUGCGUCUGCAAGCCGACCUUCCAGACGUGAAGGCCCACGGCACCCGACUGGUGACCAUCGAUGGCAGUCUUGACAUCAAGACACAGGAUCAGCUGUCCGACAUUCUCUUCGAUGGAGCCUGGGUCAAUGCUCGCUUGCCCAGCAAUUUUCAAUCUCUCGUGGUGCGGUGCUUGUUUUUGCAGUUCGAUCGAGAUGACCGCGAGGGACAUCUUAGAGGUCUCGAAGUCUUCACAAAGUUUGCCCCGGACAGUUUUCACUUCGAGCUGCUGCUAAAGCUCGGCUUCCUGCUGGUGGCUUUCAUCCCACAGCUCGAGGGCUACCAGGCCCAGGGAGCCGUCGGGGGUUUCGUCUGCAGCAUCCUGUGUCUGGCGCUCCUUGCCCAACCUUUCAGCCGACCUUCUCAGGGGAGGACUCUAUUCCUGGGCUUGGCUUCCCUUGCCCUGGCCUUCUUGCUACUGAUGAUCUCGGGGACGCACUUCAACCUGAAGGCUGACCAUCACCUUUGCACGCUUCUCAACAUUGCUCGCGUCUUUCAGCUCGUCCCGCUGAUGCGUAUGCUGCUGCCUUUGUCCUGCAUUCUUAUUCCGGAGACACGCCGACGGAACGAGGAUGUGUCACAGGAGCUGGCCUUUCUGCAAGUGUCCUGGCAGCAUGUCGCCUACUUCAAGCGCCAGCCCUAUCGCGUACUCCAAGAGGCCCAGCUCCAGGAGGUUGGAGAAACAGGGAAUCUGGAUGGACCCAAGCUGCCCAAGCUGAACGAAGGUACUGUGGUGCUUCCCCUUUGCUGCCGGGAGAAGCUUUGGGAAGUGGAGGUGAAACAAGCCCAGAAGAUUUGGAGAGGAUGUUUGCUUGCGCACUUGCUGGAGCCAAUCGCAGUGCCACUGGUAAGCCUGCGAGAUGCGGUGGCAUGCUGGUCCAUGGAACUGGAAGACGAGACAACUCAGCGCAUCACGGUUCAGUUCAAGGCCGCCAUCUCCCUCGCCGCGAUUGAGUUGCUUCCGCCGGCCGCUGUCACCGAGAAGGCGAUGCACCUUGCAGCAGUGGUAUCUUCCAAAGAUGCAACUACAGAUGUGCUUCGUGAUGAUGCCUCGGAAGAGCCGUUGGCAACUGAUGGAGCAGAGUCGAGCUGCUGCAGGAGCCUUCUCCAGUACCACUUGCACCAGUCCGUGCUCGCUUGUGCUCUCACACUCAGAGGCGCGGUGGGUGCAGGUGCGCCUAUCAUCGUGGAGACA